AUGGGCAGCCCCCGCUCGGCGCUGAGCUGCCUGCUGUUGCACUUGCUGGUUCUCUGCCUCCAAGCCCAGGAAGGCCCGGGCGGGGGGCCUGCGUUGGGCAGGGAGCUCGCUUCCCUGUUCCGAGCUGGCCGGGAGUCCCAGGGUGUUUCCCAACAGCAUGUGAGGGAGCAGAGCCUGGUGACAGAUCAGCUCAGCCGCCGUCUCAUCCGGACCUACCAACUCUACAGCCGCACCAGCGGGAAGCACGUGCAGGUCCUGGCCAACAAGCGCAUCAACGCCAUGGCAGAAGACGGGGACCCCUUCGCAAAGCUCAUCGUGGAGACAGACACCUUCGGGAGCAGGGUUCGAGUUCGAGGAGCUGAGACGGGCCUCUACAUUUGCAUGAACAAGAAGGGGAAAUUGAUUGCUAAGAGCAACGGCAAAGGCAAGGAUUGCGUGUUCACGGAGAUCGUGCUGGAGAACAAUUACACGGCCCUGCAGAACGCCAAGUAUGAGGGCUGGUACAUGGCCUUCACGCGCAAGGGCCGACCCCGCAAGGGCUCCAAGACCCGGCAGCACCAGCGCGAAGUCCACUUCAUGAAGCGGCUGCCCCGCGGCCACCACACCACCGAGCAGAGCCUGCGCUUCGAGUUCCUCAACUACCCGCCCUUCACGCGCAGCCUGCGCGGCAGCCAGAGGACUUGGGCCCCCGAGCCCCGAUAG